AGCCUCAGUGCGGCUCUGCGCAGAUCCAUUGUUAAAGGGGAGUCAGAGGGGCGGAGAAGGAAGAGGAGGUCCGCACGGUCACUGAGCGUCUUUGUGUCCUGACACGCAGACAAAACGUCCGCGGACAGCAGGCGGGGAGCGGCGGCGGCUGCAGGCACCGCGCCCGGGCGGAUCGGAGGAGGAUGGAGGCUCGGAUCAGGUCUGUCUGUGAGGAGGAGAAACUUGAAGCAACAGACAGGAGGAAGGAGCUCAGGAUCUGAUCCGCAGACACGUAACCGGCUCUGACAGGACUGAUCGAUCCGCGAUGGAUCUACCGGAGGCCGGAGCGGCGGUGAAACCUGCCGGGGAUCUUUGUUCCCAGCCCGGAUCAGAAGCUGCAGACACACCGCUGCAGAUCAGCGCAGAAAACUGCUACGAGAUCCUGACAAAAGCUAAACGAGAGGGCGCGGAGGGCGUGAAGGAGCGCGCGUACCGAUACAUGAGCGCGCACUACCUGCAGGUGCUGCGCAGCCCCGCCGUGUACGGCCGGCUGACCGCCGGGGAGAGGGAGCUCAUCCUGGCCCGGAGGAUGGAGGGGACGAAGGUGCUGGCGGUGGCCGAGACCAGCGAAGUGCCGGACCGCGGGGGGAGCCGGGAGAGCAGCCGGCCGCAGAGCCCGCUGCUUCCCCCCCAGGACGACUGCAGCCAGCGGCGGGUGUUGUACCUCCACCCCGACACCCAGCGGUGGGAGGUGCUCACCAGCCUGCCGGAGGAGGUCCCGGCCAAAGGCUCCGGGAUGUGCACCCUCUACAACUACCUGUUCGUGGCGGGGGGAAUCCGGGGGGCCAAGGCCUCGGACCGGGUCUUCUGCUUUAACCCGCUGACCGGCCAGUGGAGCCAGGUGCGACCGCUGAGCCAGCCGCGCUGCCAGCUGUGCCUGGUCAGCAUGGACGGACACCUGUACGCCAUCGGGGGGGAGUGUCUGUUCACGGUGGAGCGUUACGACCCGCGCGUGGACAGGUGGACUCACGUGGCCCCUCUGCCCAAAGGCUCCUUCGCGGUGGCGCACGAGGCGACGUCGUGCGGGGGAGAGCUGUUCGUGUCCGGGGGCUCGCUCUUCUACCGCCUGCUGCGGUACGACUCCCGGCGGGACGAGUGGGAGGAGUGCCCGUUCAACGAGAGCCGCCGCCGCUCCGCCGACAUGGUGGCGCACCGCAGCCUCGUGUACCGCUUCGACGUGGACCGUGAGCGCGCGGAGGUGAGCGUGUACAGGUACAACACGGUGGUGAAGGUGUGGCUCGGAGGCGGGUCCUUCCCGCUGGAGAACCCGCUGCCUUUCCGCUGCGCCGUGCUCGGGGACCUGAUCUACUGCGUGAACCGGAGCCAGACGCUGCAGUUCGAGGUCCAGGAGGAGCGGGAGGGCUUCCUGCCCGGGGCGCUGCCCUCCCCCGCGGAGGCCCGAGGAACCCUGGUGCCCUUCGUCCUCACCCUGGCCCGGGACAAAGAAUCUGAGCCGGGUCACUUCCUCUAAGUCCUGCUGCCGUCCUCCGCUCCUCCUGCUUCUUUUCCCGCUGUGCCUUCUUGUUCCUGAGUUUUACCCAAAGUUCCUUCAGUGGCAGUUUUGAUGAGGUGAAUGUUUGCAGCGCGCGGGCAGGUGGAGGCGGGUGGAGCUCAGUGUCCUGCUGGGAGCUGCGGAGACUGAGGCCGCAGCCUGUACGGAAAUGCAGUUUUUAUUCUGUUGGGAUGUGAGAGCGCGAGGAGUUCAAGCGACUGCAGAAUGACUGAUUUCAGACUUUCAGUGAUUCAUCCUGAGAUGUAGCAGAGCCUCCACAUGAUCA